AGUGUGUAAGACGGAAGGUUUUGUACAUUCUGAUCAAAUUCAAAAACACUUUUCAGGAGUAAACAACCAAAGGUUUGCUUGAACGAAAUCCUCACAGUCAAAACAGUAAUGCAAACCAAACAUAGAAGUGGGAGGGGAUCAAAUGCCUCUUUUGUCAGGUGAGAGGUGUGUGUCUGUCAGGUUGCUUACAGAGUCAAGAGUCCAGACCGUGCAAUUUUAUCAUAUCCACACUGCCAACAAACCCAGCUAGAGCCAUGUCGUCCAUCACCGUCCCGCCACCUAAAUGUCUCCAGAAAACCUUCGUGGCUCCGCGGAGACACAUGUUUGGGCCAGGACCGUCCAAUGUUCCUCCCCGCAUUUUAGCGGCAGGGGCCGAGCCCAUCAUCGGUCACAUGCAUCCAGAAAUGCUCGAGGUAUGUCUACAAAGUUUGGUGAUGAGCAAUCAAUCUCAACGAAAGAUCAUGAGUGACAUCAAGAGUGGGAUCCAAUAUGCCUUCCAGACUCAGAACAACAUGACAAUAGCAGUGAGUGGCACAGGACACACGGCCAUGGAGUGUGCCAUCUUCAACGCCGUGGAGCCAGGGGAAGGGGUUCUCACCGCGGUCAAUGGGAUCUGGGGAGAACGGGCAGCAGAGAUGGCAGAGAGGAUAGGUGCCAGAGUUAAUUCCAUUGUGACAACUGCAGGGGGGUAUUUCACCAGUGAAGAGAUUGAUCGGGCCCUGGCCAAACACAAGCCUGUGCUGUUCUUCCUAACCCACGGAGAAUCCUCCACAGGAGUAGUCCAUCCACUAGAUGGCAUUGGAGACAUAUGUCACAAGCACAACUGUCUGUUUCUCGUUGACUGUGUGGCUUCAAUGGGAGGUGCCCCACUUCACAUGGACAAACAAGGUAUCGACAUCCUGUACUCUGGCUCACAGAAGGUUCUAAAUGCGCCACCUGGGACCGCUCCCAUUUCCUUCAGUGAAAGAGCUUGUCAGAAAGUAUUCAAUCGGAAAACAAAGCCAGUGUCGUUCUUCCUGGACAUGACCUGGCUGGCAAACUACUGGGGUUGUGACGGCAAACCUGCUAGAAUAUACCACCACACUGCGCCUGUGUCUGCCUUCUACUCUCUCCGGGAGAGUCUGGCUAUCCUCGCUGAACAGGGUCUGGAGAACUCCUGGCAAAGACACAAGGAAGUAGCAGAAUACUUCCAUGAAGGCCUAGAGAACAUGGGCCUCAAACUGUUUGUGAAAGACAAGAAUGCCAGGUUGCCCACGGUCACCACUAUAGUAGCACCCCCUGGAUAUGACUGGAAGGAGAUCACCAGCUACAUCAUGAAGAAUCACAACCUAGAGAUCUCUGGAGGACUGGGACCAUCCGUUGGCCAGGUGCUGCGUGUGGGACUGAUGGGGGGUAACAGCAGCAAGGCCAGUGUCGACAUGGUGCUGGAGGCCCUGAGAGAUGCUCUCAGAUACUGUCAUAAAAGCAAAGUAUAACAUGGCUCAAACGCUUUCAUAAUAGCAAGGUCAAAGUCUGGAUCAACAUUGUAAACAUUGUCUCAUUGUCUCUGGCCAAACAUGGCUAAAACACUGCCACGAGAACAAAUUAUAACAUGGCUGUCUAAAAGUCAGUUUAAAGUCAGCUUUGAUAUCAGGGAUGAACAAUUAAUGUAAUGGAAACUUCUAAUAUGUUGAAUAAAAUAAAUAAAUAAUUUUUAAAAAAA